UAAAUCGUCUCGUAUCCGUGCAACGGGUGUCUCAGGAGCGACCGAAGGCAAAACGGAGAAGAAGUCGGAGGCCUUCUUAGGGUUUGGCCACGAGAGGGGGGCGUGAAUCCGGUCGGUAAAGCUCUCUUCCCCCUGUGUCGCCUCUUUCUCCUCUCAGAUCAAGAUGGCUGGGAGAGGCCGUGUAUCUCGCCAAGCUUUUGAACAGGCUAGGCAUGGUCAUCCUGCCGCUCCUGGAAGGCCCUUUGUUGAAGGCCCUUUCCUUCGCCCACCUCACCCUGCAGCACUUGAGGAGGAACUUGAACUGCAGAUGAUGGACAUUAGGAGGCUCUUGGCUGACAAUCGUGUGCUAGCCGAGGAUCGUUCAGCUUUUCACCGAGAGCUGAUUGCUGCGAAGGAAGAACUGCAUCGAAUCAACUUGGUGAUUGCAGAUAUUCAUGCUGAGAAAGAAGCCCGUUCAAGGGAGCUGAUUGAGAAAGGAUUGAAGCUGGAGGCUGAUCUGAGAGCCACCGAACCUCUGAGAGAUGAGGUCAUACGAUUCCGUGCGGAAAUUAAGAAACUAACAACUAUGAGACAAGAACUGACCGACCAGGUCCGGACUCUCACUCAAGAUUUGACACGGGCACGAGCUGAUAAUCAACAAAUCCCUGCUAUGAAGGCAGAAAUUGAUGAGCUUCGACAGGAGCUUCUCCAUCUACGGAUGUCUAUCGACUAUGAAAAAAAAGGAAACUUUGAAUUAAUGGAGCAAAGGCAGUCAAUGGAGAAAAACUUAGUCUCCAUGGCACGGGAGAUUGAAAAAUUGCGAGGUAACUUGGCUAAUCCUGAGGGAAGGCCAUGGGACCUAGGUGGAGGUUACGGGAUGAAUCAUGGCAGCCCUGAAGGACCCAUCCCUUCGACAUAUGGGUAUGAAUACGGUGUUCAACCGUGUUGAAGUCCAUAUGGAGAUGGAUUGGCUGUCUAUAUGCAGAAGCAUAGAGGCAAGUUUUCUUUUGAUAGCUUGGAAUUUGGUUCGCUGCAUACUUCUUUAGAUGUGCUUAUUUGUUUGCCUUAUGAUGUCUUGAGUGUCAUAUUUUACCAGAGACAAGUUGGCAAAUGGUUGAGGUAUCCUCAUUCUGUAGCUGGUCAAUACUUUUGCCACUUCUAGUGGAAUUUCUGAGCCACAAAAUGUAUCUACUUAAUAGUUGGAUUAUUAGCAUGCAAGACUAUGUAAAUCUGGGGCCACUUUUCUAGUGAUGCUAUUUCUGGUACAAGCACUGCAAAGUUGUAUAGCCGUCGCUGGUAUAUAAGGUUCUUUCUUGUGGCCUAUAAGUGAUUUUCCUGGUACGAUAGUGAUGCAAUCUAGUUGUCUGGAGGUUGUUAGGUUCCAUUGAUCGUCCAAUCAAUGAAUAACAAAUGACCCAAAAGAGCUUUACAAUAGCGAUGGUUGUUAGGUUACAUUGACUAUCCAAAUCAAUGACUAGCAAAUGACCCAAAAGAGCUGUCAGUUGAAUCCAAAAACCUAACAAACUGAGCAUGUGAAGGCCAAAAGUUCUGGUUUUAGAUUAAAUGUGAUGAAUAUCUGGUUUAUUUCUUAUUGUUGUUGCCUCGUCAGGCUUUCAUUAUACAAUUUGACUAAGCUUCAGGUUUUGAUAUAUUUACAUAAUUAUUUGGUUGGUUUGGUCAAUAGUUUUGUUGUAUUGCAAGAUGAAGAAUUAAUUUUUAAUCUGAGAUGGAUGCCAAAGAUAAAAUAUGGGACUCAUCAAUUACUGAUUAAUCUUUUUUUAAUUGCUGUUUAAUCUUUAUGGAAGAGCCAUUACUGACUUGAGUUUUGGAAAUAUCUUCACUUUGAUCCUUAUUUAGAAGGGACAAGUGUGUUAGCCAUUUCCUUAUUGAUUUUUGGAGUUCAAAUGUGGAUGUGGUUGCCUGGCUUUUUUAUAAGAAGCUUAUUUUUGUCCAACUCUUUUGACUUUCCUGAAUUCCUUUUUCUAUUUGUUGCAUUUUAUAGCAAUGGCAGAAUAUUUAGAUAAUUUGCUUUAUUCUUUUCUGGAUGCAUCAAAUGAAGCAGAUAUUGUGCCAUCAGAGAUGCAGUUUUUUGUAUUGCCUAAUAAUCUCGAUCUAAUAGGAAACCUGAUUAGUGUUGCUAGAUUAUAUAGAUCAGAUUGAAACAUUGAGUGAUUGCCAUUAAAUGGUAUUAGUGCCUUUGAUCCAUUAAUUUGCCAUGGAUAUGAAUCUCAGAUGGUGAGAAAUACAGAUGAUGACGACAUAGAGAGUUUGCAAGAAUAGAGAACAAAAUUCUAGGAUUGGAAUGAUGAAUUACCUAGUUGCGGGUGAAGUAUGGAAGAAAAUGGAAGAUUCUGAAGUCCUGCAAAUAAUGACAGAAAAAUUCAUGAGAACUGCCUCAAAUGAACAUGGAAGGCAAGUAUGUUGGAUCCUUGCUCUCCUGCAGUGGUAAGUGAAAUGCCUGCUCUAAGUUCUAUGGAACCACAAAAAGAUGAUAUCCCCUACUAAUUAUAGGGUUGCAGCUAGUUGGUUUUUAACAACUGGGACAACUUGGUGCCGGAAGCAGCCCAACACCCAUAAAAUAGUGGAUGGUCGGAUACUGGUUCCCCAAUCUGGGGGCAUCCUCAUGUUGAAUUCUCUUACCAAUGAACAUCCUUGGUGUAAUUUUUGCAGGAGGUUACAGACAACAAAUAGACCAUGGUUUUACGUCUCACCUCGAUCAAUACGUGUCCGUCCAAUGGCCUGUUGACUCGGUGGCAUGUCUCGUGGCAUGUCCCUCCCAACAUUGUGUAUAAUCUUUAAAAUAAGAUUUGUGGCAUGUGCUGGCAUACCGUGUGUCAGUAUGCCAUUAUGUGCCAGGCCCUAAUUGGUCAGGCUGGGAAGCAGCAUGGGUCCGGUACCUCAAAAUGCUAAACCAUGAAAUAAACUAUAUGUAGAGGCAUGGACAAAUAGUGGGAUCUGAUGGUUAAGCAAACUUAGGUAUAAAUCUCGGUCCACUACUAGUUAUGUUAAUAAGAUGGAGCAGUAUGCCAGGUAUUAUGCUGACAUGGACCACAUGUAUAACCAGAAGAAAGAAAAAGAAAUGCCGACUGGUGUAUAUGGUUCCAUGUGGUCCUUGGUCGGACUAAAAAUAUCAGUCCAUACUGUACCAACAUUUGUUUACUUGUAAAUUGUCAUGUAGAGGUCUAGAAUUCCAUUUAAAGAUCGAUGUGAACUGUUCAUAGAUUGGUUGAAUUGCUUUGCUUGCUUCCUAUAACUUUGCUAAAGAUCAUUAAGUCUUAUUUGCCGGAAUGGUGGUGCAAGGUGCUGUGUAAAUGUGAUAUAGUCCUGAGAUUGAGAUUUUAAGAGUCUUUGCUUGCGGAUGAGAUGGGGUUGUGAUAGAUGAAUGUGCUUAAAACCCUUCUUGUUUACAUUCCAUUAAGUUGUUCAUUACUUAGUACCCAUUUCUCAUUGGAUUGGUUUCAGAGAAAUAUGUUCUCAUUAAAUCUUAGAAAGUAUUCUGACUUUCUUUAUCUAUGAUAUGAGGAAUCUGGUCUCAUGUAGCAACCUGAUUCAGAUCAUCUUAUGUGAUGCAUAUCUUUUUAAAUGUUGUAAACAACGAGAGCUUCAUAUCGGAUUUGUAGGAUGGUAAUUGUUGCUAUUGCAUGAUUAUAUUAGUUACCUUAUGUUAUACAAUAAUUGUUGCUAAGCAUGUUUGAACUUUUAGAUGCCAGCCAACUCAUUCCUAAACACAUUAGUAGUAAGAUUUCAUUAAAUUAUUUGCAGUGUCAUGUUAACAUGUGUUUAACUUAUUCAACUGAUGUGAUCUAUUGGGUUUUCUGUUUUUUAUCAUACUUUAUCAUGAUACUUAAGCGCUAAUUAGCAUGAGUUUCUUUCCUUUUGUUUGCCAAAUACAGUUUUCUGUUUUGGUGUGUUUAUUAUAAGUGAAUAAAUUUCCUUCAAACACUUUCUCAGUUAUUUGAAUUAGUACUGGACAUUAAAUAUCUACUCAAUCCCAUUCUUGGAAUUAAUCUAUGUCAGCAUGACUACUUGUGAAAGAAGAAUUUCUACUUUGUAGAUUUGAGAAUCCUACAGAAUCCUGUCGACAUAGACCUCUGGAACUCUAAUAAUACAAACUCUAAUAUCUAUGUAGUUUUCAUAUUCCAUUUGACAUUUAUAAUUGAGUUCUAAUAUCUAUGACCAAAAUAUGACUCUAAAGGAUCCUUAAUGUAGAAGUCAAAAAGAAGGAUGGAGCUUGAUACAGAAAGUAAGAAUUUAGAAAUUUUAACUUAGGCUUUAUCAUGAACAAAUCUUGACACAAAUGAAACUAAAUUCUAACCUCUUCAUAUCCCUUUGUUGAUGGCCAAUGGUGAUCUAUAAGCCUCGUCCAAUGGGAUCAAUGAACCAAUUUCUUUCGGAUGGUUUACUUAGACUUGAGCAAGGGAAUUUUUAUAAACUUGAUUCGUAUAUUUGUGAAGCUUUGCAGCCACUUACAGUUGCAAUUAGGCAUCUCUUUGAAACUAGUUGAGCUAUUUGGACUGAUCCUUUGACCUUUGUUGGCAAACAUAGAUUGCAAACAUAGUCUGCAAUAUAGCUUAAAUUAUCUUUUAAGCUAUUGGAUUGCAUUUGUCUUUUCUGUAAAGUUUCCAUACUUUUAACUAUUCUCCUCAUGUUUUGGAUUAUUUUAAUUAGAAUUAUGAAUUUGGUGCUUUAAUGUGGUUUUUAAGAGCUUUGUGAAAAGAAAUAAUAUGAAGCUGCUUGAUGAAAAUAAAAUGUUUUAAACUUUCUUCUUUUCCAUGAUGGAAAUUCUUUUUUCUUCUUUAAUCAUGAAGCCAAACCAUCUUCCAUUUUCCUUUUUUAAGGUUGGUACACCUUUAUGCUAGCAACCAUAUGAGAAAGCUCCAGGUAUGUUUUAUUUUGGAAUGCUUAAUGUUAAAAGUUCACUCUCAUUUGAGAAAUUAUAAAUUAUGUGCAGCUACGAUAUAAAAGUUACCAAAGGUGUUUUAUAUCUCAUGGGUUUUAUAGUUAUUUAUGUUGAAUCCUGGAUUUUGAUGAUGAAAUCAAUUUAUGAGUUUACGAUCUAAUAUGCGUUUAAAGAAAAGUGAUAUAGGACUAACUACGACAAUUAAGACCUAAACAAUUACAAGACAAGAAAUCUAAGUUGUCCGGCAUAUCAUUGGUUCAUCUGAACUCUCGGCGAACUUCCGACGCAUCGUCCGAACCUUCGGUGUAUCGCCCGAUCCAUCAGCAUGUUGACUCCCGCAACAUCCGAUCUUAGUACAAUGUCCGAUUCUUUCAACCCGAUGCUCGAUCUCUGACUCCGGCCUAACGUCUGAUUUUUCUACUUCAAUUGUUUUGCAUUUUCAUAAUCGAAGUUAGUCCUGCAUUACUUUUAUCAAAAUGCAGAUUUGAUCGUAAACUCAUCAAUCGAUUUCAUCAUCAAAAUUCGGGAUUCAACAAUCUCCCAUUUUUUGAUGAUGACAACCAAUUGAUGAUGGAGUUUAAUUAAACUCCUCCUAUCUAUAUGUUAUAUUGAGAUAAACUUGAAUUCAAAUAAAUGAUAACCUUCUAAUCCAAGUUGAAACGAUUUUUAUCAUGAUCAUAUGCAACAUGUCAUUGCUUACUUCAUAUGCAUAUCAUCAUGCAUUAAGGUACAUCAUAAUAUUAUAAAAAAUCAUAAUAUCAAAGAGUGCAAAACAUUAAAAAGUACAUUAUAACAUCAAAGAGUGCAAGAGGAACACAUCAAGGAACAAUUGACUUCUCCCCCUUUGUCAUCAACAAAAAUGAGGAAUAUACAAGCUACUCAAGUGAUGGUAAUCCAAAAUGCUUAAAUAGAGUAUCAUACUGAGCAUUUAAAGUGUCAAGUCAUCGAUGAAUGUGUUGCAUCUCAGUUAAAAUUUGAUCAUGACGACAUGACGAAGUUCAAUUCGAUCCAGUCGAGUUGCGAUGGAAUCAGCAGAUGAGGAGGGUGCUAGAUCCGUCGGAGGUGCUGCCUCAAAGGGACUAGUAGGAGGAGAUUGAUUUCCCCUAUGUAUAGGUGUUUCUGGUUCUGGCUCAGGUGGGGACGGAUCAGUUCUCUUAGGUAAUCUAGUCCAAACACCAUUCAUUACUAUGCAUCUUAAUCUUCUUAAUAAGUUUCUAUUGAUAAUGUUGAAUCUAUCUAGUUUCAUAAUUUCUUCAUUUGGUGGAAUGACUAUGUCAUGUGCAUGUAUCAGUCUAGUAAUCAAGUCACCAUAUGGAAGCAUCAUUGUUUUCUUCCCACUGACAAUUCUGCAGUUCCAGUUCGUUGAGUGACACCAAUGAGUUCUUUGUCAUGUUUGGUCCAACUGCACUGGUUCUUCCAAAAUCACUCAGUUCUAUAAUAAGAAUCUCUUGAGGGGUUUCCUCAGAAGCUAUGUAGAAGCUACACUAAGAUACUGAACAAGAACAUAGAAAUUUGAUGAUAAAGGAAUUUACAAGCCCUGAGUUGGUUGUUUGACUUGGAUAUAAAGUACAUUGAAAUUCGAUUGGAAUAAAACAGUUUGAUCUACUUGAAUUUGAGAUUGAAAAUUAUGUUCUCAUGCAAUAUUAACUCAAUGUAGGAGUUAGCAACAAGUACUUUUUCCUGCCUUGUUGGUGCCCAGGUGAGGUUAAAUAUAUAUAUGGCUUAAUUAGUAUAGUAUGAAUCAAGCGAUCGAGUUCAGGCAGCCUUCUGUGAACCUGUGGAGAUGGAAGCUUAAAAAUUGUAGCUUCCAAGAACGAGCAGUGACAUUCAAGUUUUUUUUUUUUUUUUCUGUCCCUAAAACUGUUUACAUAUUAUCACCCAUUUCAUUUGAAACCACUUUUAUGGAUAACUGGAUUGCUACAUGUGGAUUCCUUUAUUUUCUUAGUUUUCAUCCUGAUUAAAAUUAUGUGGUUGUUAGAUGUUGCAAUAAAAUAGUGUUCUGGGGUAUCAGAACACUUUUGUAAGUUGGAUUUUGAAGGGUUCUACUCUGGUGAGCAUUAUAGCCACCAAAACAAUUAAAUAUUCUGUGAUUUGUUUUAAGAUUGUAGAUUUAUUGGAGUUAAAUUAGAGUUAAUGGUUGAAAUUGUUGUUUCGAUUUGUGUUCUCUUGUCAUUAAUCGACUCAGAUACUUCUCGUCUUCUGAACUUGUUUGUUAAUUUGGUCGGGACUAACUAAUUCAUCGAAAGCUU